UUCGUGUUUGUUCAUCUUUUGUAGCCUCAGCGUAUAUUUGUGUGUGGUCGGAGUCAUUUUAUUAAGCAAAGCCACUUCUCUGGAACUUCUCUGUUGUGAACUUUGAAACUAAUUCUGAGAUACGCAGAACAACAUUGAAUCCAUAAGAGGAAGUAAAUGCAGAGCUGGAAUCACAUGAGAUAAGAAGCUUGCGGAGAGAGAUUUCACACGUUGACUCACACUCUGACUGUGGAUUAUGAAAAAAACCUUGACAUGGCGGUCUCUUAUGGUCCAGAUCCAAGCCUGUCCCAAGUGGUUUUGCUGUUACUGGGUGAAAAAAAAAGUGGGAAGAGCUCAGCAGGAAACACCAUUCUGGGAAAACCAGUCUUUGACAAAAAAACUACUCGCAGCUACAAAGAGAGCGGCACCACCUUUGGCAUACAAGUGACAGUGGUGGACACCCCAGGGUGGUUGUCCAACUCCACCACUCCAGACGUAGUAUCCAGGGAGCUGUGCAGAGGUCUGACCCUCUGCCAUCCAGAGCCCCAUGCCAUCCUGCUAGUGCUGCCCACCACCUCCACCUUCGGCCCAGAGGAGUGGAAGGCCAUGGAGGCCCAGCUCAGACUGCUCCAAACCCCCAUCUGGCAGCGAGCCAUGGUCCUCUUCACCCAUGGAGACAACUUAGGAGACUUGCCUAUACAGGAGCACAUAAGGCGACAGGGUCGGACUCUUCAUUGGCUGCUGGAGCGAUGUGGGAACAGGUACCAGGUUAUGAGCAGCCAGUCCAGGGCCUCAGAGGCUCAGGUCACAGAGCUCUUUGAAAAGAUCCAGAAGAUGAUGAAGACUAACGAGCGUCCCAAGUAUAUCCAGGACCGGAUGUACACCCAGCUGAGACGAGAUGUGAGCAUAAAGGAGGACAGGAGUUGGCAGGGAAGACAAGAGGAGAUAGAAAUGACAGUGAUGCAUAAUGUGCAUGAUGGGAGGACGGGACAAAGGGAGCAGAUGGCCCCAGGAUGGCUUUAUAUGCCAAGAGGAUUCUCAGCAGGGCCAGUUGGUUUUAAGCCUGCUCUUGGCCUCAUUCUGCUGGGAAGGAGGAAGUCCGGAAAGAGCUCAGCAGGCAACAUGAUUUUGGACAGGGAAGUGUUUCAGGUCAACAAAAAGACCACAAGGUGCUCUGUAAGCCACGGGGAAGUGUCAGGGCGGCCUGUCACGGUGGUGGACACCCCCGGUUGGAGUCUGUUUGGUCUGGCCAAUCCCAAGCAGGUCAGGACGGAGAUCAGUCGGAGCCCUUCCCUCUGCCCUGUGAGGAGCAAAGUGUCAUUCGUGCUGGCUGUACCGGUAGGCUCGUUCAGAGAGAAAGACAGGAGAGCUGUGGAGAUGUACCUCAGCAUUUUGGGGAAUGAUGUAUGGAGAACUACUGUGGUGUUGUUCACCUAUGGAGAGGAGCUGAGAGGAAGGACAGUGGAGAAACACAUAGAGCAGAACGGAGAGCCUCUACAGUGGCUGCUGGACAGAUGUGGCCACCGGCAUCAAGUGUUAGAUACAAAUACAGGAGACGAGACUCAAGUCAGUCAGCUGCUGGAGAUGGUGGAGCAACUAUAGGAAGUAAAUGGCAAAAAUCUUUUACAAACAAAACAAUUUUCAAAGCCAAAAGUCUUCUUCAUUAUGGUUCUCUGUGUGAUUUCAAACAUUUUAAUCAUAAAAAUGAGUAUAUACAUAGAUGCAGUUUUUGUUUAGGAUUGAAGUAAAGUUUGAUUUCAUUUCCCAAAAAAUAUAAAGGAUGGUUGACAUAAAUCUUCUGGAACGAUUUGA